UAUGCAACAGAGUGUUUCACAAUUUCUAAAGGUUAUAUUCCAUUUGUAAUUAUUAUAAAAUAUUGGCUAUAUUCCCUGUGCUGUACAAUAUAUCCUUCUGCCUUAUUUAUUUUAUACAUAGUAGUUUGCACCUCUUAAUCCUCUACCCUUCUCUUGCCCCUCCCCCUUCCUUCUUCCCACUGGUAACCACUAGCUUGUCUUUUAUAUCUGUGAGUAUAUUUCUUUUCUGUUGUAUUCACUAAUUUAUUUGAUUUUCCAGAUUCUACAUAUGUGAUAUCAUGGUUUAAGGUUGUUUUACUGAAGGUACUGAAAGGACUGCAUGCAUUUUCUUAUCGUAAGGGACCAAAUGGGAUGAGAUGAAAUAACGGUUUUAAGAAGGGGUCCCUAGUCAGAGGCCCACUGUAGGCCACAUGACUUCUCUUAUGUGAUCUCAUUUACUUUCUUUCUCCAAAUGACCACUGAGGGAGCUGUGAACCCUGUACAGAUAUGAACUUGGAGCCUUUGUGUUUAGUUGGGGCAGAGCCAGGGCAGGAACCCAGGGCCCAUGCACUUUCCUGUGGGCCAGUUUUCCUAGCUUAGGUCCUGUAUAUCCUGUGCUUUGCUUCCAGGUUAGUGAGAACCAGUGUAGCAUUGUAGGUAAGCAUGGAUUCUGCAGCCACACUACCUGCAUUCAAAUAUCAUUGCAUCAUGUACCAGUUGAGCCCUGUGCCUCAGUUUCUCUUAUCUGUAAAGCGAAGAAAAUGAUAGUCGCUAUGGGAAUUAGUAUUGUAAAACACCUAGUAAAUAUUAUACAAGUGUUUACUAAACAGUAGGUAAAUUCUAUUGGACUUCUUGUCCUCCUACUGUGCUUAGUACUUACAGGAAAGCAGAUAUUAUCUUUAGGCUUUCCCAUAAGGAAGAGCUCUAUGGAAAUAGAGAUGUCUGUAGAUGUGAGUUUCCCUUCUUACAUGGAAGAUUUGGGCCAGACAGGUGAUACACUUUAAGUAAAAUGUCACUUAGCAGUGCCAAUCCUGAAAUAGAUGUUCUUAAGCAAAAUCUAAGUGCUUGUAAGACUUAUAUAUCUUUGAAUAGCUACAUAGAGCUUUAAUAAGGGUGAAAAAUUCCAGUGGUUGAACUGGAAUAAUCAGAUGAAGAAUGGUAAAAUAACCAAAUUAUAUUUUGUCUUUAUAAAGUGAGGGGGCUGAGCUAGACGACGCCAAAUACAUGUGACCUCUAUAAUCAUUAAGUGUCUCAACUCAGUUGGCUAACUCACGCCUGGAAUGUAGAUGCUGAUGUACUUAGAUUUAAGAUGGAAUGAUAGAACAGAUGCAAAUCCUCUGGUGUCAUUUGCCUAAUUAAAUUUCCAAAGGCUGCAUGAAAACAACCGUAAGAUUACAGAGAUCUUUGGUUACAGCUUUGUAUCCUUUUGUCCACAGGCCCUUGUAACCUCUUAUCCCUAUGUUGAGUAAAUCAGUGACCUUGGUGCCAUACUGCACCUCAGAGGUUACUAUUUAAAUAAAGGAGUUAAGGCAAGUACUGUUAUCACUUGUGGGCAGGUCACCUGCGCAGGAUGUUAUCCUCAUCCAGAGCAGACUCAGGCACAGCACGUCUUUUUCAGAAUACCAACAAUUCCACAUGGGUUGGGGAAUUGAAUAAUGUCAACAAUUAAAGAUUAACCUUUGCUUGCUUGUAGAAACGACAAAGUAAAGGAGCUAAAAGAGUUCAUAGCCUGAGGGGUAAACAGACUGCAAAGGUUAGUGUUUCUCAAUCUGGGAGACAGUUUUAUAUCAGUCUGAGAAAAGCAUCUGGAAUAAUUUUAAUCAAGCACUCUGGGCUUAUGCUAGACUUCCAGUGGCUCAUCCACAUGGUGGAUGGGUAAAGAACACUGAUUGGAGAAUCAGUGGUUUCUGAAGAGGCAGCUGUUGAAGGUUCCCUUGCCAGGCAAUUGUCUGGUAAUUGGCUUGAUUAAUGAGAUUAUGCAGUGGAAAAGCAUACAAAGCUGAGGCUGCUAAGCUGAGGAGAAAAAGCUCAUUUUCCCCCUUGUACUAUAGAGCAAUUACCUAGAGGAGUGGAGAAACAUUGGGGUGCCCAGCUGACCUUCAAUGACAUCAGAUUAGUUGCUAAUUUUAGGAAGCAUUUGAUUAGUAUUUGGGAGUUAUAUUCAGGAAUUUCUUCAUUUGCCACCCCCCAACCCCGGGAAGAUCCUGUUGAAGUGAUAUGUUUGUGUUUAGUUUUCCAAGUACUAUUGACCCUUAAACAACUCAGAGGUUAGGGGCGCCUGACCUUACACACAGUCAAAAAUCCGCCUGUAACUUAUAGUCUGUCCUCUGUAUAUGCAUUUCCUCUGAAUCUGUGAUUCCACAUCUGUGGGCUGUUUCAGUCAACCCUGGAUCAUGUAGUACUGAAGUAUUUACUAUUGAAAAAAAUUCACAUAUAAAUGGACCUAUGCAGUUCAAACCCAUGUUGUUCAAGGGUCAACUGUAGUUGGAAUUCUUGACAAUAAAACCCAGCAGAAUGCUGCUGCUUGUAGUAGUUCUUAAUUGAGUAUCUAUUGCAUGGAAAAAGAAAAGAGGCAAUAUUAUGUAUUGGUUAAGAGCUGCACCCUGAAAUGAAACUCCUGGGUGUGAUUCCUUACUGUACGAUUUACAAGCUUUGUGAUUUUGAGUAAAUUAACCUUUCUAGGCCUCAGUUUUCUCAUUUAUAAAAUGAAAAUAGCAAGUGCUUCAUCCAUGUCAGCUGCUGUUAACAGUGUUGUUGUUGUUGUUGAUUUCGUUAGCUGACCAGUGACUCUGGGAAGAGUGCAAGGUCUGUUGUACCCAUACAUUGGCCCCUUUCUGGGCCCUUCUCACAUCAGGUGGGAGGAGUGAGAUGAGAGAGUGAGCCGAAUAUCCUAGUGGCCUGAGACACCUUCCCUCUGUAACUUCCAUUUUCCUCUCCAGCAGCAGCUUUCCAAUGAGUACAGGUGACUUCAGUUCAUUCUUUGUCAUGGAUUUUUUUGUUUUGUUUUGUUUUAUUACCUACAAAAUCAAGGUUUUCUGGCUUACCAUUGUGAACUGAUAAAACUUACUGACUUUUUUCUGUUACCGUGGGCUGUUAGCAAAGAAAUCUGACCUGUCACAAACAGGAACUUGCCCCAACAUUCUUGCAAUCUCCCUGACCAGGGCAAUGCUUAGUCUUAAGAUGGUGCUAGAGAGGAGCAGGGAGUCAGGAGUUAUAUCCCUGGCUUGAGAAGAAAAAGACUAAAGAGAAAAGCCUGAGACUGGGCAUUUACAGAGCAGCUCAGCUUGGUUGAAACUUGGCUUUGUUUAACGCCCAACUUCUCAGGAGAUUUUCCUCGGCUGAGUGGGCUUGGUGGGGCACUGGCUUGAGAGUGUUGCUUAGCAACAAGAUUUUGUGGCACCCGAUUCUCAAGGAGUCAAGCCACUCAUCCCCUGCCUGCCCUCCACCCACCCUCAGCUACCAUCCUGAGCCUCCUAUUAGACAAUCAAGUGUGUGCCGGAGGGAGGGACCAGAGAGAGGGGGCGAAGUUUAAUCAUUGAACUAAGCAGCCUGGAAGUAUUUAAUCUGUAGCACCUAGUUCCCCGGAGGCCUCUGUCUUGAGCUGGAAGUGGGCAGCGCUCUGGAGACGUGGGAGUAAACACUGCACAGAAGUCUCUGCUCAUCUCAGAAGAAACCAAACUUGGGAAAAAUGUUUGCGGUACACCUGAUGGCAUUUUACUUCACCAAACUGAAGGAAGAUCAGAUCAAGAAGGUGGACAGGUUCCUGUAUCACAUGCGGCUCUCUGAUGAGACCCUUUUGGACAUCAUGGCUCGGUUCCAGGCUGAAAUGCAGAAGGGCCUGGGGAAGGACACCAACCCCACAGCCUCAGUAAAGAUGUUGCCCACCUUUGUCAGGGCCAUCCCAGAUGGCUCAGAAAAUGGAGAGUUUCUUUCCCUGGAUCUUGGAGGAUCCAAGUUUCGAGUCUUGAAGGUGCAAGUCUCUGAAGAGGGGAAACGAAACGUCCAGAUGGAGAGUCAGUUCUACCCAACACCCAAUGAAAUCAUCCGAGGGAAUGGCACACAGCUGUUUGAAUAUGUAGCUGACUGUCUGGCAGAUUUCAUGAAGACCAAAGGGUUGAAGCAGAAGAAAUUUCCUCUCGGCCUAACCUUUUCAUUUCCCUGCAGACAGACUAAAUUGGAAGAGGGCAUCCUGCUGUCAUGGACGAAGAAGUUUAAGGCACGGGGAGUUCAGAACACCGACGUGGUGAGAUCUCUGGCAAAUGCUAUGAAAAAACACAAGCAGGACAUAGAUGUGGACAUCCUGGCUUUGGUCAAUGACACCGUGGGGACCAUGAUGACGUGCGCCUAUGAUGAUCCCUACUGCGAAGUUGGUGUCAUCAUUGGCACCGGCACCAACGCGUGCUACAUGGAGGACAUGAGCAACAUUGACCUGGUGGAAGGCGACGAGGGGAGGAUGUGCAUCAACACCGAGUGGGGGGCCUUCGGGGAUGACGGGGCCCUGGAGGACAUCCGCACUGAGUUUGACCGGGAGCUGGACCUCGGCUCUCUCAAUCCUGGGAAGCAACUGUUUGAGAAGAUGAUCAGCGGCCUGUAUCUGGGAGAACUCGUCAGGCUUAUCUUGCUAAAGAUGGCCAAGGCAGGCCUCCUGUUUGGCGGCGAGAAAUCCUCCGCUCUCCACAUCAAGGGCAAGAUUGAAACACGGCAUGUGGCUGCCAUGGAGAAGUAUAAAGAAGGCCUGGCCAAUACAAGAGAGAUCCUGACGGAUCUGGGCCUGGAGCCUUCGGAAGCCGACUGCAUCGCGGUCCAGCACGUCUGCACCAUCGUCUCCUUCCGUUCUGCUAAUCUCUGUGCAGCAGCCCUGGCAGCCAUCCUGACUCGCCUGCGGGAGAACAAGAAGCUGGCGCGACUUCGGACCACGGUGGGCAUGGACGGCACACUCUACAAGAUCCACCCGCAAUAUCCAAAACGCCUGCACAAAGUGGUGAGGAAACUGGUCCCGAACUGUGAUGUUCGCUUUCUGCUGUCAGAGAGUGGCAGCACCAAGGGAGCUGCCAUGGUGACAGCAGUGGCCUCCCGUGUGCAAGCCCAGCGGAAGCAGAUUGACAAGGUGCUGGCUUUGUUCCAGCUGACUCGAGAGCAACUUGAGGGUGUGCAGGACAAGAUGCGGGUUGAGCUCGACUAUGGGCUGAAGAGGGACACCCACCCACUGGCCACAGUCAAGAUGCUGCCCACCUAUGUCCGUGGGAUGCCAGAUGGCACAGAGAAAGGAAAGUUCCUUGCCCUGGAUCUGGGGGGAACCAACUUCCGGGUCCUCCUGGUGAAGAUCAGAAGUGGAUGGAGGUCGGUGCGAAUAUACAACAAAAUCUUUGCCAUCCCCCUGGAGAUCAUGCAGGGCACCGGUGAGGAGCUAUUUGACCACAUCGUGCAGUGCAUCGCCGACUUCCUGGACUACAUGGGCCUCAAGGGGGCCCAGCUGCCUUUGGGCUUCACAUUCUCGUUUCCCUGCAGGCAAGCGAGCAUUGACAAGGGAACACUCAUUGAGUGGACCAAAGGCUUCAAGGCCACUGACUGUGAAGGGGAAGACGUGGUGGACAUGCUCAGGGAAGCCAUCAAGAGGAGAAAUGAGUUUGACCUGGACAUAGUUGCAGUUGUGAAUGACACAGUGGGGACCAUGAUGACCUGUGGCUAUGAAGAUCCUAAUUGUGAGGUUGGCCUGAUUGCGGGAACAGGCAGCAACAUGUGCUACAUGGAGGAGAUGAGGAACAUCGAACUGGUGGAAGGGGAUGAAGGGAAGAUGUGCAUUAACACAGAGUGGGGAGGAUUUGGAGAUAAUGGCUGCAUAGAUGACAUCCGGACCCAAUAUGACAAGGAGGUGGAUGAGGGGUCCUUGAAUCCUGGCAAACAGAGAUACGAGAAAAUGACCAGUGGGAUGUACCUGGGGGAGAUCGUGCGGCAGAUCCUGAUUGACUUGACCAAGCAGGGUCUCCUCUUCCGCGGGCAGAUUUCAGAACGUCUCCGGACCAGGGGCAUCUUUGAAACCAAGUUCUUGUCUCAGAUUGAAAGCGAUCGGCUGGCCCUGCUCCAGGUCAGGAGGAUCCUGCAGCAGCUCGGCCUGGACAGCACAUGUGAGGACAGCAUCGUGGUGAAGGAGGUGUGUGGAGCAGUGUCCCGGCGGGCAGCCCAGCUCUAUGGCGCUGGCCUGGCCGCCAUUGUGGAGAAAAGGAGGGAAGACCAGGGGCUUGAGCACCUGAAGAUCACUGUGGGUGUGGACGGCACCCUGUACAAGCUGCACCCGCACUUUUCUCGGAUAUUGCAGGAAACUGUAAAAGAACUGGCCCCUCAAUGUGAUGUGAUGUUCAUGCUGUCAGAAGAUGGGAGUGGAAAGGGAGCAGCUCUGAUCACUGCUGUGGCCAAGAGGUUACAGCAGGCACGGAAGGAGAACUAGGAACCCCUCGGGGUCGGGCCCGAUGAGCCUUGGAUACUGACCAGCCUUUCCUCUGGCCAAUGAGUUGGUCAGGGACUGACAGGCAAGCUUCUGACUGACUUCACCUUCUGGAUGGCUGAAAGAGAACCCCAGGUUCUUGGGUACUCUUAGCAUUUUGUUACUCAUUUUCAAGGGCAUUAAAUGACAUUUCUAUUUGGCAUAUUUGGACCAAAGAUGGGCCAACUUAUAAAAUCAAAACGUUGGGCCCAAGAGAUGCCUUUAUAGCAACUUUUUCAGUUGAGGCCUGAGCUAUUAGUUCUCUGUGGUCCUGCGGCUGCUGGACUUGGAAACAUAUACACGAUCUGCCCGUGUGGCUUGGCUGGCUGAGUUCCCCACUGGGAUGCUUCUGCCAUCACUUGUAGUAAAUUGGACCUUCCACAUGUGGAUGCACAUUUGAGAGGGAUAGGGGCUCAUGUAAUCAACUGGAGAUCUAAUCUGACUUGUCAUUAGCUUGUUAUGUUGACUUCAAGUAUGAAGAGAGAGCAAAGACUUUGGAGUAUUCAGCCUCAGGAUGAAGAAAGGUUGAUUGCUAGGGAGCCCUGUAGGAAACUUUUCAUGCUUAGAGUGAGUUAUAUUAGCACCCUGUAGGAUUUUUGUUUCUCAAUACAUGUGUGUGAUGGGGGGGGCUUCCAUUUGGGGCACAUGUUAUCAUUUUAUGUGUGGUUUGUGUUGCUGCUGAUGAUAGCUGUUUUAAGGACUGUUAGGUAUAUGAAAUCCAGUAAAUGAAUAAAACUUAUUUGAUUUCCCAAGAA